AUGCCUGGAGUUCCCCCCGAUGCGCUCAACAACUUGAAGUCCAAGUUCAAAGCCAUCUUCAAGAAGAAGAGCGAGAAGAAGCCCGAGGCCGCAAAGCCCACCGAGGCCGCUAAGCCAGAGGAGACGCCCGCCGCCCCGGCAGAGCCCACGAAGACCGAGACCGCCCCGGCCGCCGCUCCUGCUACUGACGCCGCUGCCGCCCCCGUUGAGGCACCCAAGACGGAGGAGACCCCGGCCGCCCCUGCCCCGGAGCCCACCCCAGCUGCUGACGCUGCAGCUGCCCCGGCCCCAGUGGCUGAGGAGCCCAAGCCCGCCGAGGCCCCCAAGGCGGAGGAGCCAGCCCCGGUCCCCGCUGCUACCACUGACGCCGCCGCGGCCCCCGCUCCCACCGAGGCCACCCCCGCCCCGACCGAAGAGCCCAAGAAGGAGGAAGCUCCCGCCCCGGCCCCGGCCGCGGCCCCCGCUGCUCCCACCGCUUAG